AUGGCUCCCAAGAACAACGCCAAGGCUGCUAAGGGCAAGGGCAAGGAUGCUGCCGACGAUAAAGGCAAGGGUGCAAAGGGUGCUGUGAAGGGUGCGCAGUCGAUUAAUGUGCGCCAUAUCCUUUGCGAGAAACACGCCAGGAAAGAAGAGGCGCUUGAAAAGCUCCGCAAUGGCACGAAGUUCGACGAAGUUGCCCGUGAAUUUUCGGAAGAUAAGGCUCGACAGGGUGGCGCGCUAGGAUGGAAGACUAAGGGUGAUUUGGAUCCAGCCUUUGAGAAUGUUGCUUUCGAGCUGGAGGCUAGUUCUACUGCGAAACCAAAGUAUGCUGAGGUUAAGACCGGAUUCGGGUAUCAUAUUAUUAUGGUUGAGGGGCGGAAAUAG